AGCGGGGAGCCCGGACGGCUCCCGGCGGGUGUCCCGGCGCUGGCAUUCCCAGAGCGUCUGGGAAGGCAGGCGCGUUCCUCCAGCGGCGCGCCCCGGGGCUGCCAGCUGCCCGUGAAACCCGAAGCGCGGGGGCCGGCCCUGCACGGCCGCCCCGGCCCCUCGGCCGGCGCACACAGCACAUCGCACAUUAUCCAUCACCCUCACACGCCGCCGCCCCGCCCGCCGCCGCGGGCUGCCCCCGCCGCGGCUCCCGGGGCAGCGCGGCAGCCCCCGUGGGAUGGUGCUGGUGGUGCUGGCGGCAGCCCCGCCUGCGCACAGGUCGCCUGAGCGGCUGAGGGAGGGGGCAGGAGGAGAAACUUGUGAGCGCAGCCGGGCUGAAACCAGCCGGUGCCGAGCGUGCCCCGAGCCGCCGCCGCGUGUAUGGGGCAGCGGGGCGGGCCUGCGUGAGGGCGGGCAGCGCCGGGAGAGUUACCCAUUGCCAGUAUGGAAGAACACAAUGGCUCUUCAGAGACUCCUGCCCUGAGCCCAGGGCAGCACGUUGCCAUCAAGUGCGGGUGGUUGCGGAAGCAGGGCGGCUUUGUCAAGACCUGGCACACGCGCUGGUUUGUCCUCAGGGGGGACCAGCUCUACUAUUUCAAAGAUGAAGAUGAAACCAAGCCCUUGGGCACCAUCUUUCUGCCUGGCAACAGAGUAAUUGAGCAUCCCUGCAAUGAAGAAAGUCCAGGAAAGUUCCUUUUUGAGGUUGUUCCAGGAGGAGACCGGGAGCGGAUGACAGCCAAUCAUGAGACCUACCUCCUCAUGGCGAGCACGCAGAAUGACAUGGAGGAUUGGGUGAAAUCCAUCCGCAGGGUUAUCUGGGCACCCUUUGGAGGAGGUAUUUUUGGGCAGAAGCUGGAAGACACUGUGCGGUACGAGAAGCGCUAUGGGAACCGCCUGGCUCCCAUGCUGGUGGAGCAGUGCGUGGACUUCAUCCGCCAGCGGGGGCUGAAGGAGGAGGGCCUUUUCCGACUGCCUGGGCAGGCUAAUCUCGUCAAGGAGCUCCAGGAUGCCUUUGACUGUGGAGAAAAGCCCUCUUUUGACAGCAACACAGAUGUGCACACCGUGGCUUCACUGCUCAAGCUGUACCUAAGGGAGCUCCCAGAACCAGUUGUACCAUAUGCAAAAUAUGAAGAUUUUCUUUCCUGUGCCAAAAUGCUCAGCAAGGAGGAAGAAACGGGCCUGAAGGAACUGGUGAAGCAAGUGAAGAGCCUGCCAGCUGUCAAUUACAAUCUGCUGAAAUACAUCUGUAGAUUCCUUGAUGAAGUGCAGUCGUAUUCAGGUGUAAACAAAAUGAGUGUGCAAAACCUGGCUACAGUUUUUGGCCCCAACAUCCUGCGCCCCAAAGUGGAAGAUCCUCUGACUAUCAUGGAGGGUACAGUAGUAGUCCAGCAGCUCAUGUCAGUGAUGAUUAGCAAACAUGAAGAGCUGUUUCCCAAGGAUGUAGACCCUCAGAUGGGACCUGAGGUGUGCAACAACAACAAUGAAAUUCCAAAGAAAACCACUGCAGGGCAGCUACAGAACAAAGAGAACAACAAUACCAAGGAGACAGCAGUGAGGCGCUGCUCUUGGGACACACCUGAGUCUCCCCAAAGGGGAAGCAUGGACUGUGAGUCUCCGACUGCUCUGCCAGGCAGCAAGACAAGCAGCCCAAGGAACAGCAUCCAGAAACCAGAUGUCACCAGGAGCCCGCCACUCAUGGUGAAAAAAAAUCCUGCUUUUAAUAAAGGUAGCGGCAUAGUCACCAACGGGUCCUUCAGCAGCUCCGUGGAGGGCCCGGAGAAGAGCCAGGCCGUGCCAAACUGCUCCCUGCAAGCCAGGAGAACGUCGUCCCUGAAGGGGCCGGUGACCAAGAUGGGCACCCACAGCGUGCAGAACGGCGGGGUGCGCAUGGGCGUGUCCAACACGGACGGGCACAGCAACAGCCUGGGCAGCCGGAGCCCAGGCUGGGCGCCCAAUGGCUACGUCACCCUCAGGGACAACAAGCAGAGGGAGCCCUCGGUGGCUGAGUCAGGCCAGCACAACAGGCUCUCCACCUACGACAAUGUCCACCAGCAGUUCUCCAUGGUGAACUCUGAUGACAAGCAGAGUGUGGACAGUGCCACCUGGUCCACGUCCUCAUGUGAAAUAUCCCUCCCGGAGCACUCCAACUCCUGUCGCUCAUCCACCACCACCUGCCCUGAGCAGGACUUUUAUGCGGGUAACUUCGAAGACUCUGUGCUAGAUGGGCCACCCCACGAAGAGCUCUCUAACCCGGGUGACUUUGAGAACAAAAGUGACAGGAGGAGUGUGGGGGGCCACAGCAGCCGAGCCACCAGCAGCAGCGAUAACAGUGAAACAUUUGUGCCCAACAGUACCAACAACCACAGUGCUUUGCACAGCCUGGUGUCCAGCUUGAAGCAGGAAAUGGCCAAGCAAAAACUAGAAUAUGAGACAAGGAUAAAAAGCCUGGAGCAGAGAAAUCUCACCCUGGAGACUGAAAUGAUGGCCCUGCAUGAAGAGCUGGAUCAAGAGCGGAAGAAGUUCACAAUGGUGGAAAUCAAAAUGCGUAACGCAGAGCGGGCAAAGGAGGAUGCAGAGAAGAGGAAUGAUAUGCUGCAGAAGGAAAUGGAGCAGUUUUUCUCUACUUUUGGGGAAUUGACAGUGGAGUCUCGCAGACCAGAAAGAGGCAACACCAUCUGGAUCCAGUGAGCUGUGGAAGCCUAGGCUGUGGGACUUGAGGAAGGGCUUGGGGGUAUUAUACUGUAUCAGGUGGCUGGUCACCUGUCUGAGGCUAGUACUCAACAAAAUGUUACAAACCCUUGAAGGAGGAAAUCAUACAUACAUUAAGCAGUCAUAUCUACAGUGUGUACUUACCAAGUUAUACUCUUUGAAUGCUUCAUGAGACUACUGUCAAGUGUUACAACUGGAUAUGUGUAUAUAAAUUUAAAAACCACCUUAGAGCAAGAGAUGUAUCUGAAGAAAUAUUUUAAUGCGAGUCUUGUAUUUAAACUGGUAAAUUGAGAUGUUGUUGCAAUCAAGCUUUAUAUAAAGGCUUUUCUCCCUUGCACUUAACAUAAUAAGCUAUUUUUGGCAUUGUGUUACCAUCAGCUUAUUUUGUAUAUCAAAUGUUUUUUUUGUUUUUGUUUUGUUACCCCUUUUGCUGGGGAGUGAAGAUAAACAGAUAUGUUAAGGUAAA